CGCGUAUAUAUUUCCCGCCACCCCUGCCUCGCCUUCCCUACGACAUCGAGGGCGUCAUCGAGUGAGUAGUGUGAGAGCUGAGCUGAGCUUAGCUUAGCUUGCGAUGGCAAUGGCGGCGGCGGCGCAGGUGAACGUGUCGGUGUGGAGGGACGACGACUACAGGAGGAUGGUGAUGGCGUGCUUGAUAGAGGCGGUGUACCUGCUGGAGCUGGAGAGGCAGGAGAGGAGGGACGCGGCGGCGGUGGCGCAGCAGUGGUGGAAGCCGUUCAGGUACAGGCUGGCGCACGAGCUGGUCGACGAGAGGGACGGCUCCGUGUUCGGCGCCAUCUUCGAGCGGGACCACCAGCCGGCGGCCGCGGUCGACGGCGAGGCGCCGCGGGCGGUGAUCGCGUUCCGCGGCACGCUGCUGCGGGGGCCGACCAUCCGGCGCGACGUCGAGGACGAGCUCCGCCUGCUGGCGCGCAACAGCCUCCGCGGCUCGGCGCGGCUCGCCGGCGCGCUCCAGGCGCUCAGGGCGACCAUCGAGAGGUUCGGGUCGGAGAACGUCUGCCUCUGCGGCCACUCCCUCGGCGCCGGCUUCGCCCGCCAGGUCGCCAGGAUGCUCGCCUCCUCCUCCUCGCCGCCGUCGCCGCGCCACCACCACCACGCCGCCGCGGCGUCGCUCGAGUUCCACCUCUUCAACGCGCCCUACCUGUCGCUGCCCAUGGGCGUCAGGAGCGUCGUCAAGACGGCCGACUGCCUGCUCAAGGCGGUGCGCACCGGCGUCGCCGCCGUCGGCCGGUGGCACGGCAAGGCGCUCAAGAACGUGGCCUACGCCAACUGCAUCCUCGGCUACACGAGGCUCGAGAGCAGCAGGAGGUUGUGAGAGAGAUCGACCACGAAGACGACGACGAAUGAUACGUGUACCUAGCUAUCCAUCAUCUGAUCAUCCCCAUGGAGGAAUUCAAUUCGAGGAGAACAAUAAAAAGCAUCUGGCACACGAGGAUGCACGGUUUAGGCUGCCCUGCAUGCUUGCUUGCUCUGUAAAUGUUAAAAACGCUUUUGCUAAUUGUGAAUUAUCUAGCUACUACUGUUCUUUUUGUCAUGGCCUGUUGACUUUGCCCAGUUCCAUGCAUGUUAACUAGUUCAAAUGUUCAAUAGAUCUCUACGCAUGCAUGAACGGUUUGAGAAUCAUCUUUCUCAGUUAAUUAAGUCGUGUAUGCUAGUACGGUGUAUAGAUGUGUUGAACUAAAACCUUUGAAAUGGAGGAAAUUUAAAGGAA